AUGUCAACAUACGAAGAACAUAACAUUACUCCGACACCUCAACGAGAACGCGGCAGACAACAUGAGACCUUAUCCUCGUUAAUUGAUUCAUUUUUGCAUCGUAGUAAUCGUGAUUCAGGUCCAUUUUCAUUAUCUGAAUCAAAUGAAGAAGCCAUAGCAUUAGCAUUACGUCAAUUGAGUGAAUCAGAAGGUUCAACACUUGCACAGUCUCUCAUGGAACUGCUUGGUGAACAAACAACAUCGAAGGGGGUCACUGAUGAAUAUUUGGAUACUUUGGAACGUAUUCCAGUAAAACAAAUUACUGAUAAAGAUGCAUCUUGUCCUAUUUGCACUAAUCGAUUCAAAGACGAUAAGCAUCCAUUAAUUGUCAGAUUACCUUGUGGUCAUGGAGUAAAUCAUAUUUUUGAUUUGGAAUGUGUUGGACCAUGGUUGCAAAUGAAUUCCACUUGUCCAAUGUGUCGAACCAAUAUUUUAGAGGUUGAAGCAAAUAGAAGGAAAAGAAUAGAUGAAGAAAUAAAAAAGGCCCAAGAAGAUGAUUCCGAGGAAGAAGAAGAAGGUUGGGAUAUAUAUGGAUAA